CUCAGAAAUCACGUACACGAUCGAUCGGAUCUGAGUGACGUCCGGGCCGCCACAGACCCACCCCUCCUGGGUUAAUAAAUCGUUACUAGCCAUUGUGCCGGCUCUGUUUCAGGCAAUCUUUCACACACACGCGGGCUCUUUUUUUCCUUUAGUAGAAGAGUCACGAUACGAGAGAGGGCAGAGAGGUGCCGACAGCAGCCGAAGAGCGCGCGGCUCUCCCGCCGCACCUCAGAGCGAGGCUGUGGGCUGUGAUGGUUGCCAGGGCCGUUGCCAGGCUGGGCCCGCUUGACUGGCGAUGGAAGCGCGCUAGUAGUGCGCGGAGCUUGCCGACGCUUGCAACGGAUAUCCGAUUCAGGAGCAGCAUGUCCAAAUAUCCACCACUACUUCGUAGACCAUUGCCACCAAGAGAUGCUCUUCCUUUUGAUAAAACAUCAACAGAAAAUGUAUCAGACCUUGCUGCUCUGCCCAAGAAAGAAGGUGACUUGAUCAGUGAACCCAAGACAGAGGAUUUUUCUAUGACUUAUACACCUUCUAGUCUAAAUGGAUUUCCUUCUUGUGGUGUUACUGUACAGAGAUACGAUGAUCCAUAUUUUGCAGAGGAUAAUGUUCGAUACCAUAUUCCAACUGCUUUCACUCCAGACAAUUUUCUUCAAAAACCUUGUGUGAAUCCUUCACCUUCAGAUAAGAAAAAGAUUGUUUUAUCACGUCAUAACGUUAACAAGAUUUUGAACCUCCUUGAACCCAAGUUACUGAGGCAUAACCAGGAAAAAUUGCACAUAAUAGAAUUAUCCAUUGAUGACAUUCCACUGGUAUUGAAACGAAUCCCUUGGAGACAACAGGUUCUUGAAAUGAUUGCUGCUUCCAGAAAUUAUCAUAUCUCCCCAGAAUUGCCCAUAUACCCAGGAGCUGAACUGAAUUUUGAAGAAAGUGCCCAGUAUUUUGAAUCCCCAGACUCUGAAUCUACAAUGGAGGAGGAAGAAGAGGAGCAAGUAAAGCCAUUUGAACUUGUUAUUGUAAGAUCAAUUAUAGCAGGAGGGGAGUCUCUAAGUCUGAGGGGAUUUUUUAUUCAUCAGCUUCCUGACCUGACAAGGCUCACUUUCACCUUAAAGUAUCUGAACCUGUCAUUCAAUAACUUUCGGGUCAUUCCAAAUGAGAUUUAUCAAUUCUCCUGCCUUGAAAUGUUGAAUUUAAGAGAUAAUCCAAUUACAGAAAUUUCUCCUGAUAUUGAGAAAUUGACCAACCUGAGAAUUUUUAACAUUUCUUUCUGCAUCGUUUCAAUUCUACCUGUUGGACUAUUCCUCUUACCACAUCUUCAGUCACUCAAUGUUGCCUACAACAAGAUUUCUUUCAUUCCCAAUGAUAUUAGAAAUCUCAGAGAACUUCGGUUUCUAAACAUUGAAGGAAAUGAGCUAGGUUCACUGCCAUGUGGCCUUCUUGAACUCCCACUGAAGCAUAUACGCGUGUAUAAUAAUUACAUGCAUCCUUUGUUUUGGGAAGAAAAUAUACAGAACCAACCACAGCACCUGACUGAUCUAGCUGCUCUCUCUUUUACUAAGAACAAUUUGCAUCAGCACCACUUUAACGUACCCGAGGAGAUACAACAUAUACUGAACAAUGCUUCAGUUUGCGACUACUGCAAGGGACCUCUGUUUGGUUCAGGACUUCGUCUGAUCCGACCAUAUAAGAUGACUUUUAAUACUGAAAGCCUUCCAUAUCUAUUUUGUGCCUGCUCACCAUCUUGUUAUAAAUUAUUCAAGUCUAAGACUCACUGAACAUAUCUAUGGCCUUGUAACUUCAUAUUAGAAAAGAAAAGUUAUUGAGUACCACAUGUUUGUUCUACAUCAUGUUUCAUAUAAUGUAUCUGACUUUAUGGAAAGAUAACUCUGGUGAGCACAUAUUUAAAUUAAUGAAAAUAUUUGUUUAGUGCUGUGCUUUUUAAAGAACUUUUUGUGCAGAUUUGUUGCUAAAUUCAAUACAUUAGUUAACAGUGGGAUACUCUUUCAUUGUUGAGCUUAAGUGAGUUGCAACGAUGGGAGUUGAGAACUUCUUACAGAGGUUUUUAAGGAAGGGUAGAUUUUAAGUAUGACAAUAAAUAAUCUUGACCAUAGAUACAAAAAUACUUAAUUUACUCCAUUAACCUAAUAAUAGUCUUCAAAACAUUUGCAUGGCUGUUUAAAUCAACUGCCCAUUUAGCUAUUUCUCUUUAAGAUGAUAAAGAGAAGCUCCUUCUAUAAAAACUUUCUUAGUCUAAUCCUUAACACAUAAUCCCAUGGAUUGAAUAUUGGUUUAGCGAUAGAAAGCAAAUAAUGAUUAGUUACUAAGGCAAGGUAGAAUUCUGGUUCUGAGGUUUUGACUGGUGGAAUUGUGUAAAAGUAGGUUUUCACUCUCCAGUUACUCAUAAUUAUUAUAAAUAUGACCUUACCUUUCCCUAUAACACCAUCAUGAGAACAGAAUUUGGAAGUGUGUUAAUCAUAGAAAGAACGGCCUUUCCCACCUCUAUAGAGGAGCUUUCCCAGUGACCCUUCUCCCUUUCUCUUUCUUUAUUGCUUUUUCAUUUUUUCCUUCAAAUAUUUAUACUAUUCUGCUUUGAAAGUAGCUAUCAAGUGUUCUUCCUAUUCCCUCACACCCCAUUUGCUGUUUAAAACUCGAUAUUUGCAUCAGUUCUGGUUCUCUUGCCCAGCAUCUUGAAUGUGCCUUAAGCUAUUGGAAAGUGUCUGUUAUUUACUUUAUCAAGCAUCUUUUUAACUUUCUCUUUAAUGUGAACAACCACAGUUUCUCAAUUGUCUCCAUAAGUGGCCCUUCAUUCUUGCUUUUCUUCCACCCUACUCUAUAUCCACUCCAAGAAUUUGACAUCUUUCCUUGAGAGCACAGCAAAAACAAGAGUAGAAAUAAGCCUCCGGUCCCCUUAAACCUGUCUUGCCAUUCAAUAUGAUCAUAGCCGAACUACACUGGCUUUAACUCCACCCUGAUCUUCCAAGGAAUUAUCUAACUCCACAACUGCAGAGAUUCAUCACCGUCUCCAAAGGUGUGGGCUACAUAAUGAAACACAACAAAGAGCCAGACAGAAUUUUGGUAAUCUUUUCUAUAACUUGUUUCUAUCUUUCAUCUAUCGGUGUACCUUUAUAACUUGCUGCUCAUUUCCACACAAUUUGUUGUGUCCUCUUAACAAUGUCAUUUGUGCAUUUCCCUAUAGAACUCUCAGUUCCUUGAUUCAAAUCAUUAAUUAAUGUCAAUGAUAAAGUUCUGAAGCCCCGGAACAGAUUCUGUGUCAUCACCAUGUAUCUCAUCCUAACAGUUAAUAUCCUUAUCUACCAUGUCUCCUGUUAAAUUAAGCCAUGCCAUAAGGUUCAGUCACUCCAGUUCAACAAAAGCAGUUCUGCUAAUGAUUUCUUCUGUUGAGCUUCAUUAGGUGCCUCCUAAAGAUCCAUGGAGACGAUAUUAUCUCAAAUAUAUAGACACUUAGUGAAUAAUCUCUCCAAUAAAAGUUCAGUCUGAAUGGUUGAACAUGACCUAUAAGUCCUUGAUGAUUUCCUUCUAUCUAUUGCUCAGAUGAAAAGUUGUCCUGUUGCUGAAUCUGCUAAUUUCCCACAAAUGAUGUUCAGGUGUAUACUUUCCUUCUUCCACUCUCUCCUUCCAUUGCAAAUAGAAGUUACAAUCCAGCAGUGCUGGGCAGAUGGUUGGCAUCCAUCUGUCUUGAAGGGCAAUGGGUGAUGAUAAUCAUCAUCAUCACAAUCCUGGGCAGAAGGUAUGGAGAUCCUGAGAUGCCCAGUCAUCAAGAUCCCCCUCUCGGCCUCACCAGUGUAGUCCAAGGAAAGCUUAUGAAGCAUUACAUUUGGCACCAACUUAGCUGCAGGAGCUGCUGGAAAGAUAUUCAGUGACGUCCAGCGACUUUAAGGGCUGCACUGCGAAUUUGCUGUCUGGGUUUACUCCCUUAGCCUUUGUCUCUCCUGAAGCUGCCCACAAGGCAGUGGGGCUAUAUACCCAUAGCUGGGCAGAUAAUCUCUUCAGAAGCACAGAGUUUAGUCACAAAACUCUGACAUUCAGUUGCAGUUUCAUCACUGUAUUCCCAUCACCAUUGACUAGAAACUCAACUGUACCACCCGCAUAGAUACUGGAAUUAGUGUGUUAUUAUAUUGGUUGGUUCAAACUUCCUAACUGCAAAACAGUUACAACUCCAAGCUUUGAGAUUACAAAUAACGAAGAAAGGGUUUGAAUUAAUAAAAAAGAAACUAAACUACAGACACAUAGGUGUAGACAUGAUAACUUACACAUUCUGCCAUCUAAUGGCAGUUAAUAACAUUUCUGCAUAUUCAUAGCAGUAAGUGUACAUUUUUGCAAAUUAUUUCAAAACAAAUCAGUUCUGGAAGCCUUUUGCAGUACACUAUGAGUGUUUAGUUUUGUUUCUAAAAAUAAUGAACCUAAGUGUGAGGAGUUGCAGUUUGGGAGGACAAACCAGUGUAGGACUUACACAGUAAAUAGUAGGGGAGUGCGGUAGAACAGAGCGAUCUGGAAUUCGGAUCCACAACUCAUUGAAAGUAGUGUCAUAGGUAGAUAGGGCCGUAAACAUUGCUUUUGGCAUAUUGGCCUUCAUUAAUCAAUGUAUUGAGUAAAGGAGUUGGGAUAUUAUGUUGAAGUUGUUUAAGAAAUUGGAGAGGCCUAAUUUAUAGUGUUACGUGCAGUUCUGGUCACCUACCUUCAGGAAAGUGUGCUGUAGUUCUGUAUGACUCUAUGACUCUCAAGCAAAAUUAAAUACAGUGAUUGGAAGUGAUAUAUAGCCUGCUGGUCAUAUUAUUAAGAUCCAUGUUUUUGUUGAUAUGAAAACUAAAAACAGAAAUAUUGAUCAUGUUCCUUGGUGCCAAAUAAAGAAUUUUUAUUAUAUAGUAGUAUAAUUGAAGAGGAGACUGAAAAUAACUUUGAAGCAUUUUUCAGAUUUGUCCCAUAAAACUUAAAUGUGAAGUUUGCUCAGAGAGAUAUAGGAAUCAUUAAAAGGAGAGUUGAAAAUAAGGGACUGUUUUCCAGAAAGAAUUAUGCAGCUGUGCUAACUAUCCAGUUAUAGUAGAGAUGAGAAAUAGCUUUUCCAGGUAUAAGUCAAAAAUACUUGAUUUAGUCUUUGGUCCCUGAUUAUUAUUGGAGUGAGAUAUAAUUCUACAUUAAUAUGUUACGCCCAGUGAGUCUGAGCUUUGCACUCCCAGUGUUACAUUCUGUUCCUUCGAAGAACAGUUGUAAAAAUGUGGCACAGUAAUGCAGAGGAGACACGAGAGAUUCUGCACAUGCUGGAAAUUUUGAGCAAGACCUGCAAAAUUCUGGAGGAAUUCAGCAGAUCAGGCAGUGUCAAUGGAAGGAAAUGAACAGUCAACAUUUCAGCUUGAGACCUUGCAUCAGGACAGGAAAGCAAAGAAGCCCGAAUAAGAAGGGGAGGAUUACAA